GACGCUGCGGAGGAUCUGUGGACGCGAGCAGCAAAAGCAGGAGGCCAUUUUGAGAGCGCCUUGAACCGGAGAAGUCCCCCACAAGACCCCGAGCCGCCAAGCCACUACACAAGCAGCCACUGUCGUCAGGAACAGACGGAAACCAGGACAACCAAGUUAUUAUCCGAGAGGAAAUCGACUCUUAUCGUAUGUCCACUAUCCAGAACCUCAAAACUUUUGACCCCUUUGAUGAUGCAACUAAGGGUGAUGACAGCCUCCCGGCCGGCACUGAAGACUGCAUCCACAUAAGAAUCCAACAACGAAACGGCAGGAAGACCCUGACCACGGUGCAGGGCAUCUCCGAGCACUAUGACAAGAAGAUGAUAAUGAAGCAUUUCAAAAGGAUUUUUGCUUGCAACGGGACUGUGAUUGAGCACCCAGAGUAUGGUGAGGUGAUUCAGCUGCAGGGUGACCAGCGCAGGCAUAUCUCCCAAUUCCUUUUAGAUUCUGGCCUAGCCAAGAAGGAGCAGAUCAAACUCCACGGCUUUUAAGAGCUGCCCCCCCCUCCCAAUAUUUCUGUCCUGAAGGCCAUUUUCAGCCCCUCCCCCACCUGGUCAUCUUAUGUGUUCUUCUUCUGCCCAUCCCCCGUUUCCUAACCUUCCUUUGCCCCUUUUUACCAUCAGCUCCCACUCCCAGCACGGAAAUUACCUCCAACAAACAUGAGACUCUGUAACACCUCAACCCCCCUCUGCCACCGGGGGGCGCACUCACAAGAAGAAAUCAGGGACGACCGACGAUGACCCUUCCUUUUUAACUCUUGUUCCCUGAGUUUAUUUCCUUUAUUUCUUUUAAGGUCCCGUGCCAUGAACCCGGCGCAAUUUCGUGUAACUUUUGUUUUGUAUUUGAAGGUGGUUCAAUAAAAGCGAUGAGUCUCCA